CUUGCUCGGCCGCGCUGGCUGGAGCACCUGCCGGGCUGCAGGCGUCACCGGGCUCUGCCUAUAAAGUGCGGGCGACAGAGCAUCUCCCAGCUCCAUCUCCCCGAGAGGCACAUCUUCAAGAAGCGAGUCGUACGCGGGCGGAAGGAUGUUUUAUUCGGGUAUCCUGACAGAGCCGAGUAGAAAAGAAGUGGAGAUCAGGGAAGCGGCGUCUCUCCGCCAGCAGAGGAGAAUGAAGCAGGCGGUUCAGUUUAUUCACAAGGAUUCUGCAGAUCUCCUGCCUCUGGACGGGCUGAAGAAGCUGGGCACUUCAAAAGAUACUCAACCACAUAAUAUCCUGCAGAAGCGCCUGAUGGAGACAAAUCUAUCAAAAUUACGAAGCAGCCGAGGCAGCUGGACUCCCAAGAGUGACAUCUCAGUGCAGGCCAACAGGCUGAAUCAAACCCAAUUGGGCAGCUCAGGGAAAAUGGAGGACGAGGAGCUCAUAGAGGUGAACUGCCAGUGUGCAGGGAAGGAGCUGAAGGCCGUGGUGGACACUGGCUCACAGCACAACCUCAUGUCAUCAGCCUGCCUGGACAGGCUAGGGUUAAAGGAGCACCUCAAAGCACUCCCUGGUGAAGACGAGAUGGUUUCAGUGCUGUACAAGGGGAGGGUGAUUGGUCAGAUCGAGUGCCUGGCCCUGACAGUGGGAGCCAUCCCUGUGGAGUGCACGGUCCUCGUUCUGGAAGACAAUGAGAAACCCUUCUCUUUUGGGCUGCAGACACUGAAAUCUCUGAAGGUAGGGGUUUUCCAGCAGACCUUUUCCCCAGGCUGGGGGAGCUGGGACCACUGCGAACUGCAGUUUUCCCUCUUACCUAAAGGUAUUUAUUCUGUAGUGUGUCAUAAACAUGGAGAAGCACCAUCUCGUUCUGGGGAAGACGGACAGGGAAGAAAUCCCGUUUGUGGGCGGUGGCAGCGCUGCGGCGGGAGAGCAUGAUUUGGAGUCAUAAAGAGAUAUUGAAACACAGUCCCGACAGAAGAGCCUGACAUCAAAGAAAUCCUAUGCAGCUGUUCCAGAUGAAACAGCAGCGCCCUGCUUUGAAAUAUUUAUACUAGGCUACAGCUUGAGUAGAGCUGAAUGAAAUCCUGUUCAGUAGCCAGUAAUUUAGAGAUAUUGUCAUGUUUAUCUAUGGGUUUUGAGAAACAAAUGUGCUUAUUUUCUGGACUUUUCUAUAUAGUGUCCUCUUUAUUACAAACAGUUGGGAAAACCUUAUUAAUACCUUCUGAUGAUAAAAAUUCUUUUUAUAGUGGCCUCAUAUGAGUAAUUGUAUUUAGCUGUGAUUAGAGGCUAUCAGAAUUAAAUUUUUAUUAAUGAUUUUUCCAGGGCCUAAGUAUUUAUAUUCACUUAAUUGAUAUUGCUGCAUUCAAAUGGCCAUUACCGGGAAGUUACUCAGAGUAAAAUAACAAUGCUAAUACCACCUAGGAAUUAUAGAUCAUCCUGUUAGCAUAGUAUUGUUGCCAUGUAAUUAGGGAUGCAACUGCUGGCUUGAUGAGAAAGAGCAAUUACAGAAUUAUUAAUGGGUUAUAGGUUUCUCUGCAGUGAAGUGGCAGAAGCACAGAAAUAGCGUCUGAGAGGGCUGCUGGGGUGAUCUCCAGGAGCCCCCAGCUCACUGCGGGGUUGGCACCAGCACAUUGGGGCAGCCCAUCAUGUCACUGGCGCUUGAAACCCCUCCCAAGGAAGAAUCCUCUGGGCAGGUCUCAGCUGCCUUCCUAACAGCAGUAGGCAGGAAAAUUAGUAAGUGUGUUGAGCCAAAAUGCAACAAACAAGCACAAAAGUAUGUUGUCUGAAAAGCAGCAGAGACAGAGACUCGUUGGUAUAUCAGGAACCAAACGGCCCCACCUGCCCUUGGUUCAUCCCUGCCGCCAGGACCGGUGCCUCCCCCUGCCCGCCCAGCACUCAGCCUGGAGCAGUGGCAGCGCCCGGGCACGGCUGCUGCGGGUUAUCGACUCCAGGUGGACUUUAGUGUUGCUGCCAGAUAUGCCAUAUUUUUUAUAACUAUUUACAGAUUGCUUGGGAUCUUCAGUACAACACUAAGCUCCGUCACCCUCUGGGCAGUGUUUUUGCCAGGACAAACACUUCAUUCAGUGUUCCUGUCCUGUAGCAGCAGGGUUGCUACUUCACAUGCUGCUCACUUGCAGACCAGAACGAAUGCAUGGUACUGCUUGGGGGAGCCUGGUCUUGUGCAAAAGCAGCUUUCUUGAUUUUUAAAAGCUAAUGGGAAUUAAUUGCUGUCAUCUGCUGAGCAGGCAUCUUUAAAAUUCAGAAUAACAUCCUCGAGAUGUUGUUCAUCUGCCGAUGGCCAGUCCCACUGCAGCCAGAUCUGCAAGGGCCAGCUGUGUGCUGAAGGAGUGGGAAUGCUGCUCCAGCUCUUCCUUAGCAAAAGCCCUUUGGCCCCAGGCAGGCACAGGCUGUGGCACAGCUCAGCUGGGCUUCUCCUGUGGGAUCCAAGUGGCUGUUCGUGUGCUUAAGCCUCCCCGCAGACUUUAACGCAGGGCUCACCCAGGCAUCCUGUGGUGCAGCAUCAGCUGCAAUCACCCCCAUUGAUGCUGGCAUUUCCACUUAGGAGAUGUCUCAGCAGUCCUGGGCAAGGACCAGUGACUUUUUUCAAUUUGUGGCCAUUGGCUCAGGUCCUGCAAGCCAGGCUCCAGCCAGCUUUAGCUAGUCUGUGCCCAGUAAAGCCAUCUCAUUCCUCCCAUUGCAUCUGGGCUGGAGCUUUAUCUCCUGCAGUGGGUUUGAACCUCUUUUCAAUAUUGGGUAUGACUAGCAAAUCUGAACUAUCCAUAUUUUGAGCUAUUUUCUAUUUUGGUGAUAAGUUUCAGUGCUUUCUCUACAUACAGUAUUUUAUAUAACACAGCUAUAUAUGUAUAUUUACAGGGGCUGCCCAGGGCAGUCCCACCAAUGUGUUCUAGAAAUAUUUCACUAAAUAUGAAAUAGAUUUGAUUAUUUUAUAUGCUAUGAGUUUGGUAUUUUGGUACAUCUUUCUGUGCUUAUUACUGUGCUAAAUGUCAAAUUAAAUCUGAAUAAAGUUACACUGUUAUUGC